GCCUCCGCGAUCGCAAACCCGGAAGACGCAUCCAGGCAGCUGGACUGCGGGCCGGCCCGGCACGGCCAUGCAGCCCCUGGAGGUAGGUCUGGUUCCUGCUCCAGCGAGGGAGCCGAGACUGACCCGCUGGCUGCGGAGAGGCAGUGGGAUCUUGGCGCACCUGGUAGCUUUGGGCUUCACCAUCUUUCUGACUGUGCUGUCCCGGCCAGGAACCAGUCUUUUCUCUUGGCACCCUGUCUUCAUGGCCUUGGCGUUCUGUCUCUGCAUGGCUGAAGCCGUCCUGCUCUUCUCGCCUGAGCAUUCUCUGUUCUUCUUCUGCUCCCGAAAGGCCCGGAUCCGGCUCCACUGGGCAGGGCAGACCCUAACCAUCCUCUGUGCAGCCCUGGGCCUGGGCUUCAUCAUCUCCAGCAGGACCCGCAGUGAGCUGCCCCAUCUGGUGUCCUGGCAUAGCUGGGUAGGGACCCUGACACUGCUGGCCACUGGUGGCCAGGCACUGUGUGGGCUCUGCCUCCUCUGUCCCCGGGUAGCCAGGGUCUCAAGAGUUGCUCGUCUCAAGCUCUACCAUCUGACAUGUGGACUGGUGGUCUACCUGAUGGCAACAGUGACAGUGCUCCUGGGCAUGUCCUCAGCAUGGUUCCAAGCCCAGAUCAAAGGGGCAGCCUGGUACUUGUGCCUGGCACUGCCCCUCUACCCAGCCCUGGUGAUCAUGCACCAGAUCACCAGCUCCUACUUGCCAAGAAAGAAAAUCGAAAUAUGAGUUCCUCUGAACUCUGUGGGACACUUGCCUUGGACUUUAGUGGUUCCUUUGGUGACUUUCAAAGGACUCACCUCAGAUGUGGUUGGGUUUUUGCAUUUCUUAGCUGUGGUGGGGGCUGCAGAAACCCAAGCUGCUCUUGUUGACUCAGUGGUUCAAAACGGGGAAAUAUAUUGGGUGCAAGUGGAAGGUGAUGGGGAGCUUGUUCUAAGUCCUCCACUCUUGAUGGGAGACGGAAGUACUGGGUGGUGGUGAUGGUGACUUCUUGCUCUUGUGCCUGAUGAAGAGUUGGGUUCCUGGAAAUCCUGAGUGGCAGCCAUGGGGAUCUGGGUCACUUCUGAGGAAGCAGUGUGAUAUAGUGGAGAGGGCCCAUGAAUCUAGUUAAUGGGUUAUGGUCCUCUUAGGCUCUGUUGUGCAGCCUUAGGUAAGUUCUCAGGACCUUCUCAGGACUUCAGUUUCUCCUCUGUGAAAUGGGUGUUUCUAAAUCAUUUUUAAUUCCUUUUCAUCUCUGAUAUUCCGUGUCUGUCAGGGUGAUGCCACAGAACACUCUCCCAGCUCUAGACCAUGUGGACUGUAGAAGACUCAGGACGUAACUCUCACAUUCACUCAUUCUCCCUCUGCUCUCCCUAAGGGACAUGUCUGCCCUCGUGCCCCUUCAGAAAUCCAUGCAAAUUUGGCCCCUGGGUCAGGGCACAAGGAAUCAGGCACUGUGAAGAGAAGAGGCUCAGGGGAGGAUCCUCUGGACUUCAAGAUAGAAAGGCACUAGAGUCACUUUAAAGCUUUCGGAGGAGCAGUAGGGCGUUGGCUUAACCAAGCCUGGCUCCUGGCUGGGCUCCGUAGGCCAGCCAAGAACUUCCUUCAGCCCACCUCAGGAUCUGAGCUUGAGGGCUGCAGGACCUGGAUGUGCUCCUUCCCAGACAUUCAUUCUCAGGAAAAAGCAGUCCUGGGCAUCUCAUGCUUUGUCCUUAAGACUUCGCUUCUUACCUUAGUGCAUGGGUUCGUGGAGCUAUUCUAAAGCUUUUGGAACAAAACAAGGGCCAAGGAAGUGGGGCAGGACUUCUCUGAUCCAAGGAAAACAGUCUUCCUAGCUCUCCUUCUCCCUGUGUUUUCUAAGCCUUCCUCAGCUGUCUCUUGCCAGCUCUUUGGCCUGACGGGACUGAGUUUGGUGUCGGCUGGCAAGUGAGGGCUGGGCUGUCUUCCCUGCAGAGACCCCUUCCUUGUUCCCUAGACUUUCCUCAGUGGUGAGGGCUGGAUGCCAGACUGGUUAGCCGUGGUUGGAUCCAGUUGGGAUGGGACCUUCCUAGAUCAUGGCAAGGAUUGGAGGCAGCUGAGGCAGGAGAGCUGCUGCUGAGGCAGAUCACUGGAAAUUGGGGGGUCUGGGGGUAGGGACUGGAGCUCCAGGUGUUUUCAGAUGUCAGUAUUUUGGACGUCCUGGGUUUUCCAAAGAUUCAGGGCCUCCUCUCUGGGUGGCUCAGAAGCAAGGCUAGUAUAAUCCAGUGAUACAGAAAUGGGGACUGCAGGGCAGAAGUGUCCUCUCUGCAGACCAGACCGUGCACCUCCUGGGUGAGAUGGCAUUUCCCAGGAAUUCUCUAGACACAGCAUAAAGGAGGCCCCUGCUGUGCAGAGGGUGAUCAUUCCUGUCUUUUUUAUUGCCUUCUCUCCCCCUUUCAACUAUCCAAUGUGGUGCAGACUUGGGAGAAAUGUUUACUGGGGCCAUGUGGAGGAGAUUCUCACCUGGGAUCACUUUCAUCUCUACUCCCCUCAUUAUGGCCAGUGCCUAGAGUCUCCCCCUGGCUACAGUGGGGUAAGAGGGCCAGGUAAGGUUCCCCAGCUCGCUCUGAGAGCAAGCAGGCAGUGCCGUAAAGCCUGAGCCUGUCUGAGGUGUUGCCUCCUCCCAGGUGGUGCGGGGGCUGAUGGGCGGGCGGGCAGGCGUGCUGACAGCCGGCAGUUUGCGUGGGCCGUGCCAUCUGAUGUCUAUUCCCAGCCCUGGGAGGAAGGGGGAGUCAUUUAUAUUCUGCAGAAGGAAGGGGCCCCAGCUGUCAUCUCUGGCCAGUGGGCUUGGAGACCAGGGGCACAGGGCAGAGGAGGGCACAGGUGGUCUCCGCCUGCUUAGCCAGGUCUGACUGCAGUAUAGGGAGUAGGUCACCAGGAGGAGCCCUUCUUCCUGGCAGGCCAGAUUAUGGGGGCCUUCUCUCUCAUCUUUCCAUCUCUCCCUCUAUCACCACCUGCCCUCACAAACUGGGGCAGCAGCUGGACAACCAUUAGACUUCAGUGCCAGGCACUCUUCCUCCAGCUGGGAUCUCAGUGGCUGCCCACAGCAGAUGCCUGCCCCCUCCCCACACUCCCUAAUCCCCCCACCUCCCUGUAUCUCCUGCGUCUGGAGUGUUAGCUAGGCUCCAAGCAGGAGGCAGAGGCCUUGGGGGAGAUGCAGAUGGCUGCCCUUUUCCCCUUGUUCGCUGGCUAGGGAAAGCUGCUAGGAAUCAGUCUGUUUUGCCUUAAAGAAAAAAAAAAAAAAAAGCUAGGGUGCUCAGAGUUUUAAAAAAAGAAAAAAUUUGCGUGUCAUUUGCACAUAUUUCCAUAUUGGGCUUACUAAGUCCCAAUUCCAAAUUUGAUUAUAUUCCAAGUUUGAUUAUAUUCAGACUCAACCUUGAGGACAUUUGAAACAUAGGUGGGUUUUGUAUCCAAAUCCAAAUAGUAAUGGGAUUGCCAUUCUGGCUUCUUCUGACCCCCCAUAUUUCUGUAACCACCCCUUCCCUUGGGCCCCACCAUGGCUAGGGGUGGUGAAUGGCAGGAGCUCUGCGUCUGGGGAAGUCUUCCGGCCUCACCUUCUUGGCUUCUCUGCAGCAUCAAAGGUAGGCUGCUGUCACUUGCUAGCCUGUGCCUCCUCUCUCCUCACCUCUCUCACAAGACAGGCUGCCCUUCCCUACUCCCUGACAUUGGCCUGUCCCUUCUUUCUCAUUGUCCCCACCCUUCCACCCAGUGCAUGGCUGCUGGGGGUCUUGUUUUAAAUCCUCACUGUGGGAGAUCCAGGCAUCCUCCCUGAGCCAGCUGGCUGCUGUGCCAAAGCCCGUUCAGAGUUAAUAAUAAUCAUUAGCUGAAUGGUGCUGGGUCUUUCAGCUCCAGAUCUCUAAGCACUUGCAGGCUGAGUCAGCCAGCCCUCACCUUCCCCUCUUUCUGGGCUGUAGAGUGCAACAGAAUGGGGAGGCACCGGGACAACCUGAGGCAGUCUCCCUCUGGGAGAGGACACAGUGUCUUCUCGGUGAACUGUUAAGGCCUUUGCACAUGACAGAGGUCACAGCACAUAGGGAGCACAGUGUGUACAGUGUGCGCUCUGCUGAGACAAGCUGACAGUGGCAGCUUUAGCUGAACCUCUUGGACUUCUGCCCUUCUUUCUGUUUACCUGCUUGGCCUCCAGGGGACACCUCUGGUCCUGAUGCCCCAACCUCAGCCUUUCUGGUGAGCAGGCAGGCUUCUGCUCUCUGGUUUAGUGCCCCUGAUGCGCCUGUGUCUGGCUGGCAUGAAAACUCUGUGUAUCAUGAAAUGAAAGGUGCAUCGGCCUGGGAGCUGGAAAACCUGCAGUCUAGCUUACCCAGGCCAUAAGAGACACCGCGUGCUGCUUGACCUACCUCACAGGGAUGUUGUGAGGGCUGGAUGAGACAAUGAAUGUUAACAGGCAUCGAAAAGUUCAAAGCAUUAAACUAAUGUAAACACGU